UUAUGUGUCUAGAUAGCCAACUCACGUGUUUUUUAGACACAACCAUAGACAACAGCUAAUCAGCUUACCGUUUCAGCCACCAUUUUUUCUUAAGGCGUAAAUAACUUUAAACGUUAUUAUUGUGCAUUGGUUUGGACAUUAGGGCAAACAUUUAUAAAUGUCUGGUGUUUUUUCAGACAAGAAACAAUCCACUGGGUCCUGUUCUUCGACUGUGGUUUAACAAAGUCCGGAUUAGUUUACAUAUCCCGGAUUGAGCUAGCUCGAUAUCUGAAAUUGAGUUUUGUUCGGUUCUUCCAACAACAAUAUCUCGGAUUUUAAUUUCAAGAAGACUUUUGUUUAUUAAGAGAACUGAGCGUUCGUGCGAGGAUUGAAAAGUUCGUCUAACCAACUAUCAUCAUGGCUAAACAGCGUGCUGCAUAUUUCAGCCCUGCUGAAUUGCAACUUCUAAUUGAAGGAUAUGACGAAGUUAAACAUUUAAUAAAAACUAAAGGGAAUACAAUAGCGGCUGCAAAAGUCCGUCAGGACGCGUGGCGAAAAAUAUCUGUCAAAUUAAACGCAUCUAACCCUCUGGGACCUAGAAGAACGUGGCAGCAAGUGAAGACGAAAUACAAGAACAUCGUUCAAAGUGCUAACAAGAGAAAGGCUGCCCUGAAGAAGAUGGGACUACUCCCAACCAAAGAGGAGUACAUAGAUGAAGAGGAGCUGCCCCCUGAGAAUGAUGUGGAAGGUCCCAUCAUAGAGAGAAUAAUUGGCGGCUGCUGCUCUGAUCCUGGAGAUGAGGCUGGCUGCAGCAGUUAUGUCAAAGUGAAUGAUCAUGGAUUGAACCUCCUUCCGCCACCUAUAUUAUCAGAUGAUGAGCUGGACUCUGAACCUGUGGAAGAUGUUAAGACCUUAUACAUGAAGUAUCUCCAAGUAGAGAUCUCCAACAGAAAGCAGGAAAUGGCAUACAGAGCCUUAAAAAUGCGCAAAGUGGAGAAGGAAAUACAGUUGUUGGACAGGAAGUUGGAUGCUGAUCUUUGAUAUGCAAUAAAGCAUUUUAUAUAAACCUACUGUUUUCUUUACAAUUUUUAAAAAUUCACAAUUCACAGCAUUUAUGUAUAGCAAGAGCGCUAUUAAACUGUCUGAGAUGCUUGGCAAGGAGGAAGGUAUGGCCGGGUCCAUGAGAAAAGGCUGACAUAUGUAGCCUCUGUCACCAGACUGAAUCAUAAUGGGUUGGGAUUUUCACCUUGCUAAAAUUUCUGACAUAAAACUGACUCCAUGAUGGAUAUAAUGGAGUUGACACUAGCACAUUUGAUCUCAACAAUUAUGGACAUUGACAAGUCAGUGGACAUCUGUUAUAUGGGCCAUUCUACAGAAUUGGUGCAAACUGCUGUCCCACAACCAAAAAACACAUUUAAAAAGCAUUUAAAUAUUCAAAUUUAAUUGUUUACUAAGAUCCUUAUAUUAUCUAUUGAAUCCCACAAUAAUAUUUAAAAUAUUAGUAAGCUUAAUAUAAAUAAAAUUUUCAUGUCACUACCGAAA